CGAAAAACAAAUGGCCCUCUUGAGUUUUCUCGUAGGAUGGAGUUUAGUCGCUACCGUGACCAUCAUGGGAGAGGAUAGCCCUCCAGAGAGGAAUCUGGGUUUUGGACUCAAGAAGCACAUGCUGACCGCCACAGCGACGAAAGAGACCAGUGACCGUGUGGUCCCUCCUUUCUUUUCCGCCCGCCGCAUGGAGACCCCCAACAUGACACGAGCUCGCUAUGAGAUACAACACGAAUAUGACGACUACUUCAACCACCAGAAGAAGUGUCGGGCACGGGGUGGCAAGCUCGCGGAACCGUCUUCUGUGGUAAGAGAGGGGGAAACGAAUGAGUCGUCUUACUGGUUGGCGGUUUUCGUAGGCUGACUUGGAGGCUAUGUUUAAUGCUACGCGAGAUUUUGGCGGCUCCAUGAAGAACAUGAUAUUCCUAAUCGGUAUCGUCAUGAGACAGGUAUGCACAGGCACCUGAUCGCCACACCUACACGACUGCGUUGUCAUCACACACAGGAAUGCCAUCCUGCCACCCAGCGGUUUGAGCACAGCUGCUGGACAUUCGCAAGCAAGCCAAAAGGAGGGGAUGCGCCAUGGUUCUUCGGUAGGUCAGCAAGCCUGCCCGCAACCCUUCAAACGUCUAUGACACCCAGGAACGAGUUACUGGCCCGAACCCAGGAAGCAGCCCGACAAUUUUCGGCAUGAGGGUCAGAACUGCACAUACUACGUCAGCUCGAUUUGGCCGGGAGCAAGGGGGUUCAACACCCCUCUUGAGCCCCUCCUGCCGCACGGCACAAUCGGCGAUGAAGUAUGCACACACGACUUCCGAGCCUUGUGCGAAUUCCCCACUGCAAACGCCACGGAAACCGCGGAGAGGUACGGGGAUGGGCGAAAUACAGCAGAAGGCAGGACAGACUUUUUCGUUCCUUGAGCAGGUAGAAUGGGGUGACAAAAGGCAUGACUGAAAGUGGCAAUUAUCUUGGGGACAGUCAGGCAGUGGCUCAUGCACACACACCCCACGAGAGAGACGUGGGUACGUAUAUGGGUACAUGUAGG